GCACUUUAUGCUCGCUUUCGGCGGCUGGCGCCCUCAGGCUACUUGCUUCAGCAGCAGUUCCAGCAAACAAUGGGUGUCAUGGGCCUCACGGAUGACCACUUCCUGGUCGACCGGAUGUUCCAUGUGUUCGACACCGAUCAUGACGGCAAGCUGAGUUUCAUAGAGUUUGCGACCGCGCUUGCGGUCAUGAUCCGAGGAUCUGAGGACGAGAAAUUGGCGUUUAGCUUCCAGAUCGUUGCCGGCAAGGAGGAGGAGUUGAAGGAACCGGAACGACGUCCACCUUCGCCUAGUGCCCGCACUUGGGCCAGGGCAGGAGACCAGUGGGCGAUGCCUCUAGCUCCAUAUGUGGCUUUGGUUGUAGCGUUGGGCCUGGGCGUCGUCGCAGUCAUGGCCUGGCCUGGCGCAACAAAGUGUGAUCCUUUGAAAUUCGGCGAGUUCCAGGGCAAAUCUGACCUAGACUUGGAUGCGCAGAUGACCCUGAAGGCUAACGCGCUGAAGAGCGUCAAGAAGCGCAAGCUGGCCGAGAAGAUCGUGCUGAAGGCCAUGAAGACCACCGGGCACAAGUUUUCGCAUCACUUCGACCAGAAGCAGGAUCGAGCGCUGCCGGCAAACCCUGCGGAUGCUGGCCGUGACAUGCUGACCAAGGACGAGAUCAUUGCCUACAGGGCAAGCAAGAAGGCGAAGCGAGCUCGCGAGGCGACGAAUGCGUACUGUGCUUUCAAUGUACUGGAGGCCUUUGUCUCCGUGGUGGGCCUGG